AUGACGGUGGAGAACUGGUCAGAUUGUGACAGCGACAGGGGUGUCAAGGGAGAUGGGGAAGGGGCAGGUGUCAAGGGAGGGGGAGAGUUGUCAAGGGAGGGGGUUGUCAAUGGAGAGGGGGAGGUGUCAAGGGAGGGGGUUGUCAAGGGAGAGGGGGAGGUAUCAAGGGAGGGGGUUGUCAAGGAAGGGAUUGGGGAGUUGUCAAGGGAGAGGUGGAGAGGGGAAAUUUGUCAAGGGAGGGAGUUUCAAGGGAGAAGUGAAGAGGGGGAGGUGUCAAGCGAAGGGAUUGUCAAAGGAGAGGGGGAGAGAGGGGUUUCAAGGGAGGGAGUUGUCAAGGGAAUGGGGGAGGGUGUCAAUGGAGGGGGUUGUCAAGGCAGAGGGGAGAGGUGUCAAUGGAGAGGGUUAGAGGGGAGAGGUGUCAAUGGAGGGGGUUGUCAAGGGAGAGGGAGAGAGGGGGAGUUGUCAAGGGAGAGGGGGAUGUCAAGGUAG